GUCAUGUCUUCAGACUCAGGAAGCACCACAGGCUCUGCGAGGGAAGCACGGGAGGGCCCGCCUCAAGUGUCUGUUCCUACAUCUCCCACAGACACCCGGCAGCAUCCACUGGCCACAGUAGAAUCGAUCUCACAAAAAGAUUACGGGCUUUCAGAGAGUUUCCAAUCUACUGAUACUGUUCGGCGCAGACCGGAGCCCAUGUCAUAUGGAUCCAUCCAGCCACAAUCAGCUUCCCAGAAUCAGCCCGAGCAUAGAACUAGCGAAUCCUCACAGGGCGCCCAUAGCCAGAGCAUGGAAUCAUCUCGGUCGACACUGCAACCUAUCCCAUCCCCCAUACUUGGCCCAGAACGUGGACGUGGGGGCCAGAAACCAAAGAAGCCUGGAAUGGCUCGUCGAGCUUCAUCUAAUGUACAAGCACCCCAUCGUGGGCAAGAGUUCUCUGUGGACGAUGAUGUGGCCGAGGUGGAAGGUGCUCUAGCUCGGCAAAGUGCUACAUCUGGAUUUGGAUCAGUGAGAAAUCAGCCCUCGACCCUCAGGCGCCGUCCAACUCAGCAGCCAGCCCUGCCACGUGUAGAUUCGUCGCCUGAGGAGGAAGCUAGCUCGGAAGCCCAAUCUGAGAUGGCUGGUGUAGUGGCUGAUGAACAAGAUACACCAGAAGUCACUGAAGAAGUUCAGGAAGUAGAAGAUGAAACUCCAGAUGACGAGGAUGAUGAUGGUUUGAGUGAUGCCGAGAGCUUCACUCUAAAGGACCGCCAGGAAGCAAUCAACGAAACGCAUCCAUUCGGUAUCCGUAUUUGGAAGCCGGCUCUUUACAAAAAGGACCGAUCCGUCCAGAAGACUGCAGAAGGUGACAUCCAUUCAUCACCCGGUGGUAGAGUGCAUACUUGGUUACUUUUUUUUAACAUCGUGUGGACCAUCUGCUUCGGCUGGUGGCUCGGACUUGUAGCUUUAGCCGGUGCUGUUGUAUGCUUUAUAUUUGGGGCUGCACCUAGCGCUGUCGAAUAUGGCCAAGUCCUUUGGGGUCUCGCAGGUUACCUCUUCUAUCCUUUCGGACAGUUCGUUCGACUGGAGCAAGAUGAAGCAUAUGCGCAUGAAGAUGAAGGUGAAGGACGUAGUAUCACGGAAUAUGAGCAAUGGCAGAGUGGUGAUAUUGAAGACGGCCGCCUCUUCUUCGGUCCACAUGGGAAUCGUUCAAUUGUUGGGCGAUCAAGACGGAGUAUUGACUCUUUUGCUAGUGAGACCGACAGCCUUCUUGGUCGCACUAUGCGUGGGGCACAGCGCGAAAGUUCCGAACGCCCCUUCAAGAGAAGACUCUUCGGCCGUGGUCAAUGGAACACUGGCCGCGUUAUAUUCUUUCUCUUCUUCUAUGGGCUGAUCACUCCGCUCUUGUUCAUUGUCUCCGGCGUAUGUUGGUUCCUAGUCUUCUGGAUACCCAUGGGCAAAGUCACCAUGCUUUUGUUCUAUCACCUGCGAAGACAUCCAUUAGCGUUGUCAUUCGAAUCCGAUACCGAUUACUCCAGAGGCGCCAACAUUCCUAAUUCGUCCAUCUUGCUUUGCACUUACCGUGCAGUAGGCCUUAAAUACUGGAAGUACACGAUUGAUGGCACCAACAUAUUUCUCAUCAACUUGAUGGCCGUUGUGCUGUUUGUCAUCUUAGAUUAUUGGGUGCUGGUUGAAGCCCUAGACAUGGAACUCGCUAUUACCCAUCCAGCAUUCUUGUUUGUGAUGGCCCUAUUCUCAAUUAUCCCACUUGCCUACUUUAUUGGCCAAGCUGUGGCGUCAAUUUCAGCGCAAUCGUCCAUGGGCUUGGGCGCAGCUAUCAAUGCCUUCUUUUCAACAUUGGUCGAAGUAUUUUUGUACUGUGUCGCUCUGAAUCAAGGGAAAGGGCAACUUGUUGAAGGGAGUAUUAUCGGUAGCAUUUUUGCUGGUAUACUCUUCCUGCCCGGUCUUUCGAUGUGCUUCGGGGCUAUAAAGCGGAAGACACAGAGAUUCAACGUUAAAUCAGCAGGUGUAACAUCCACCAUGCUACUUUUUGCAGUCAUUGCAGCGUUUGGACCAACACUGUUUUAUCAAAUCUAUGGCACCCACGAGCUUAACUGCUUAAGUUGCGUUGAUACUCAUGAUGCCGAUCCCAGUCGUGACUGUCAACGCUGCUACUUCUCUCAGGUUCCAGCUCUAAACGAUCGAUUCUAUCUUGAGGCAGUCCGCCCAUACUGCUGGUUUGCCGCUGUUCUGCUCUUCUUCUCAUACGUGAUUGGUCUCUGGUUCACCCUGCGGACGCAUGCCGCAGUUAUUUGGAAUAACGAGGUCGACGAGAAACGUCACCAGGACACUCAUAACCAGUCUGCUUCUCAACAACUACUCAGUGGUACUCCGCAUGGCCGACUGCAGAGAAACGCUAGUACACUGAACAGCACCAGCGAAGCAGCCCACGGCGCAGAAAUUCGCGAAUCUCAGCUUUACAAGCGGAUUCUUGGACAGUCUCUGAAGCACGCUGGCCUGAGCCCGAUAGAAGAUGCGAGCAAGGAUAACGCAGCGGAGUCUCAAGGACCCAAUGGCUCAGCUCAAACACCUCACAUCCCACCUCCCAAAACCAGCAGCGCCAGUGCGAGAUCUGUGCAAAUACCGGGUCUUUCCGAGGCAGAAAAUACCAGUCUCAUCAGGGAGGUUGCGGAGAUGGCUGCAACGGCUGCGACUAUUGCUGCUCGUGAUGCAACCCGAGGCCCUCGAAAAAGCUCUGUUGCUACUCAUAAACCACCUAGAGCCAGUGCCAUCCAAGAGCCUGAUGAGCUGGUUGUUGCAGAAGCCCACGGAGCUGCUGGUGGAGGGCAUGAUGCUCCCAACUGGAGCAGGAUGAAGAGUUCCGUUGUUCUCUGUGGCGCCACCAUUCUGUAUGCUAUGAUCGCUGAGAUCCUGGUCAACACUGUUGAUGUUGUCCUAAAGAACGUGGCGAUCGAUGAGAAAUUCCUUGGAAUCACAUUAUUUGCGCUGGUUCCAAACACUACUGAAUUCCUGAAUGCUAUUUCUUUCGCCAUGAACGGUAACAUUGCAUUGUCAAUGGAAAUUGGAUCUGCGUACGCUCUGCAAGUCUGUCUACUUCAAAUUCCUGCUCUGGUCCUAUUCAGUGCUAUUACUGGACAGUGGCUUGAAGGGCCUGAGGUGGCCGACCGAACCUUCAGCCUUAUCUUUCCUCAGUGGGAUAUGGUCACAGUGAUUUUAUGUGUGUUUUUGCUUAGCUAUAUGUAUGGCGAAGGAAAGAGCAACUAUUUCAAGGGCUCCAUUCUCCUUCUGAGUUACUUGGUCGUCAUUGUAGGGUUCUAUCUCUCUGGGAUGACUGACCUCGAGUCAAUGGGAAUGAGCCGGUUCGAUAUCAUGGAAGCUGGUGGUAGCAGCUACAAGACCAUUGGCAGGAAAAGGUCGGGUAUCGCCUUUCAUCAAUAA